CUGUACAGUACCUCUAACCGUACCCUAAUCGAUAUGGCGCCGCGCCGCCGUGCGCGCGCCGUAUACAAAUUGCGUAGGCACUCGACAUGCGCUGUAGGGUUUAUAUCCAAAAAAACACGCAAUUGAUCGUUUUAUAUAUAAUAUGAUUUUCCGGGAUCAUUGCAUUUAAAAGCCUCAAUAUGUGGUUAAGUAAGCUCUUUAUUAUAUUUGGCUUGUGUGUGAUGCUAUUUUAUGAAGCUGAAGCUGCUAAGUCAGCUAAGCCCGCUAAGUCAACUAAGUCUGCUGAGUCUGCUAAGUCUGCUGAGUCUGCUGAGUCUGCUAAACCUGCUGAGUCUGCAGGAUCAUCCCAUUUGCUGUUUACAGAGAGUGGGUCAUUUAAGUCCAGGCGUAACUCUCCAUUUGGUAAAGCAGUCCGAAACGGUCUUGUAACAUUUUUAAACCAAGAAAAGCGAUGGGCGUAUAUUUUGGAUGUUUACCUCGAUCUAAUCCAACAGCAGAAGAUUAUAGACAAACUUUGGUUGGAUGUUGAAAAAUACACCAAUAUCAGUGUAAAAAUUAAACAAGAUGUAAACUGCUUGAAAGCUAAUAAAAUGGAAGAUGUAAUUAAAUGGUUUACAGUUGUACACGAUGACGGUUCGUCGAAGUUCCCUCAAGAGAAGGAUUAUCAAUAUCCAAAAGGUUACUCGAACCCUGAUUUGGAAAUGCCAGACUGUGUUAAUAUAUCUUCUUUACCGUUUAGUAUGUUUUCUUUUGAACACUUGGAGGGUAUCAAGGAAAUCGAUGGCUAUUUUUGGCCUUCCUUUGAGCUGAACUCCAAAAAAAUGAUACUUGAUAUCGAUAGUUUUAGUCAUUUCGGUGAAUGGCUGACAGGGCAGCUCGUCAAAAAUAGUUCUUCUUGGGUGCAUUAUCAUUCGGCUUCUUUACUCUAUCGACUCCUGACACAAAGCCUGAAAGCUGCGGAAUGUAGUCGGCGAGCUAUACUCUAUGCACCAAGGGAAUACAAAGAUAUUGCACUUGGAGGUCUCGGCAUGGUGCUAAUGCGCAGAUAUAAAAUAAAUGACUCGAUUAUAGUUCUUAAAGCUGCAUUAGACCAUGAUCCCACUAACUACGCCUGCAAUUUCGCGUUAGCUAACGCUUACGCAAUAAAUAAUGAUUUUAAUACUGCGGUACAAUAUUAUGAUAAAACACUAAAAUUAAAACCUGACUUAGAGUUGGCGAGGAAACAUAAGUUGGCUGCUCUGUGCAGUUCAAAAUUCACUGGAAUGUUUCAGUCGUUACGGGAGACGUUAAAUAAGCUUCGUAAAGUACUGGACGACUACAAUCAGAACGAAAUAAAUUUGCGAAAUGCUGUCACGGACUUUUUUACCAACUCGAAAACAAAGGACGAUCCAGAAUGUCCAGACGAAGAAAUGGACUACAAACUGAUCAAAAAUACAACAGGACUUGAUAUGACCCCACUUCAGACCCAAGGCAUAAAGAACUCUUUGAUACAAAAAUUUAUCGACAACCGUGUCUGCGAGGAUGGACGUCUGGAUGUUGCGGGAGCAGACAUCGUCAGUUCUAUAAAGUCGAUAGAGGACCUUAUUUUUCGCGUCAACGAAACUCCUGAUGGCAUUUCAGUUGGUCCUGGCAUUACACUCGUCGUCAAAGAUGCUGAAAGCUUAGAUGAAGAUCUUCUCCAUAUAACAACUGAUUUUUCGUCCGAUGGAGGGAAGAAAGGGGGAAAGAGCAAAACACCCGCAAGUCAUGAGGAUGCUAAACCCAAUUGGAGUGAUUUUGAAACUGGAAUAUCGAAGUACCCGUCUAAUAUGGAAAUAAGUAGAAACAGCGAAGACUUUGAUGUAAAAAAAAAUUGGCCUUCAACUAAGUAUUGCGAAAAAGCCUAUUCACACUACCCGUCUCGUUAUUAUGGUGUUCACCCAGUGUUUCUGCCAUUUGAAAACAAAGGAGUGAGAAUUGAAUCGUUGCUAUCGGAGAAGUUAGGUGUGCCACUAACAGAUGAGUACGCGUUCCCGUGGAAUCCUCCCAUGUGUCCUUUUUCUGAUGCGGUGUCACAUUUUUUGACGUUCGAAAAACAUGACAAGCCGGCUGUACAGAGCUACGAUGUGUUGGAAACGAGCUUCUUGCGAAAUAAAUUACUCGAGUACGUCGGUAAUGGUGACAUUGAAAAAGCUGCCCAUAUGCAAGACAAAGAAAUCGGACACCGCAUUCACAUUGCUAUGAAAAAGAAAUUAGCUCCAAAUUGGAUGCUGUACACACUUGCGUCUCUGUACUGGCGGGUGCGCCGUAACAAUAAGAACGCAUUGCACUGCCUCCAAGCGGCCGGUGCUCGAAUAAUAUCGGAAUAUGCAGACAUAGUAAUGGUUUCACUUGCGUCCAUUUAUUUGGAGAUGGGACACUUUAAAGAGUCUUAUAUGGUCGCUGAACAAGCUUUAGAUAUUAGUCCAAACGAGCCGGCAACGAACUUCAUUCUCGCGGAAUUGAACAUGAUGAAGAAGGAUCCCGACGCGCUCUUGUCCCAUAUAAAGCAUGUAAUCAGAGUGGAACCGACUUUUAUGAACGGACUAGCGAGAGAUUUAAUGAAUGUAUGGGCGUGUGUCUUGAAACAUAGCCGAGUGGUGUUCAGUGAUGACAUAAACGUGGAUAUCAUUUGCACUAAUAUAAAACCGGUACUGAGGAACGUUGUAUGUGGGAGAAAAUCGAAAGAUUGUCCGAUGAUCAACCUACUUUGCUACGAUACCUAUUACAAAGCUCUUGUAUCAAAUACAUUAAGCACUAAAACCGAGAACGCAGAGGGUAAUGAUGAGGAAGAAUUCACAUCACAAAAAGACCCGGAUUAUUAUAUUGACUACGUGUCUUCCCGCAAGGAUUAUUCGUCCGAGUCACACGAAGAUAAAUUUAAAGAUAUGUUGAAGAUGGUAGCUUUCAUGAUGAAAUCAGCCAAGCCCCGGAAUAUUAAAAAAUUGAAGCCUGAUGACCUGUUUGUAAAUAAAGAAGACUGCCAGUUUUACAAAUUACAACUGGACUAUUGGCUCCACGUCAUCGGCUUUCGAGACCUGCUAAUUGAGUCCAAGUUGAUGCUUCCAUCGAAAAUAAAAACAAUUAAAUCGUCUUAUAAUACGGUUCCGGAAUGUCAAGUAAUACCUAGCGCAGCGGAUACCUUCUACUCGGAGAGACUGAGUAAAAUAGACACUGAUGGAUGGGAGCCCGAGGAUAGGUUGAAGAAAACAUUGUCUGGAAUGUUCGAUAACUUGGAUUUCGGCGUUCUGGGGGCGAAGAUCAGCAACUAUGUGGAAACUAAGCCGAAGUCGUGGUUGGGAAAUCUGGCCGCGGGUUGGUGGUGCGGUGCAGCUGGGUACGGCAAUUGCGCAUUAAAAUGCCUUACUGCUGCGCGCGAGAACGCGCCGCACAAGUACAAACACCUCCCGCUACAUCUGCUCUCCGCGUUGCUGCUCGUGAACAAGAAUAUAAAAGAGGCUAAGGGAAUGGCGUAUCUCGCAUUAAACACGUCUUCAUUUAACCAUAUCGAAUGGUUGAUGGCCGCGUUGGCGCAUUCUUAUCUAACUGAGUACGAUGAGGCAGUCAAGAUGUACCAAUUAUCGAUCAGGAUUAACGAGGACUAUAUACCCUCGAAGGCAUGUAUGCAAGCUACUAUAUGCGCUGCGUUCUUCGACGGCGAUUAAAGGAUACUAUUCUAAAGCGUUUUUCAUCGGAAUUAAUGAGGACUCCUUGAGAAAAUGAUUGGGAGAAAGAUAGUAAUUAGAGACAUAUAAUAUAUACCAAGUUUAACCCAUUUAAUCUCACGAGCCCGGGCUCGCCUAUAUUUGACCGGGACCGUGCCAGACGAUUAUAAACUGGAUUUUCUUUGCUAUAGAGUUUACUUUUGAUAGAACGCCAGCCACCGCGUGCCAAAAAAAAUAACUUAGUUGAAUCUGUGUCACCGCCAGCCACCGCGAUAACGAUGUGAUGUGAUGAUGUUCGGAUGAUUUUUAUCCAAUGUGAUCACGGUAAUUUUAAAAGUUGUUUAUACUAUUAUUUCUGAAUAAAAAAAUAUUGUUUCAACUAUGCGUCGUCAGAAAGUUAAAUUUUUCGUUUUUCCAAGGAGUCUUUAAAUAUAAAUGGACAAAUGGCUUAUUACUUACAGGAAUACCGAUUUAACUUAAACUGUAUUUAGAGUGUCCAACCGAAAGUUAAAUUCUGACUAUCGCAAUUCUUUAGCGGUUUAAGCUGAAAAUAAGUUUUCGUAACACCGAUUUCGGUCGACAUUAGUCGUUUGAGUUACGUCGAAAAUGGAUUUAGAAAAUCUUUACGGUUGGGCACUAAAAUUACAAAGAAUAAACUACUCGUAUACUUUUAUCCGUAAUUAGAAAUAGUCAACUCAAUUACAUGAAUGUUAAAGUUAUAUUCCUCAGUGUAAUUAGACAAUUGGUCGUUGCAAGAAAAAAAUACCCAAAAAAAAAUUAAUGUAUUUUUCUCUGUA